AUGUCUGCUCAAAGUACCACCACACCCCCCAGUUCCGAAUCUAAGCCUGCUGGAAACACUGAGCUGCGUCCUUCAGACGCCAGUGCCACCAAGGCUGUAGAUAUUACUGGCCCUUCUCAGUUUUUUCUCGCUGAAACGUCUCAGAAAUUGGGUGGUCAAGCUGGCGAAGCUCCCACUACUACUGCUAGUGAUGCGAUGGACCUCGAUCCCCCUUCCUCUGCUAGUUCAUCUUCUAGUGAUGUGGACCUUCAAGGUCGCACUGAUCAGUUGAAGCUAAUUGUUGACAAUCAGCUCGCCGAAGUUCAGCUUCUCUCUACGACCUUGCUCCUCGAGCAAAGUGAGGAGGCCAGAGCCCAGGCCCUAGCUCGGUUGAUCCAGUUGAAUACGUCCAUUCAAAGUAUCAUACAGAUUCGAGAUUGUUUGCUUGCAUCCAAAGCUACUGCAAAUGAUAACCUCGUUUCUUCGGCUGCUGCUUCGUUUGGCUCAUCCUCAGUCGAUGGAGUCAAAUCCAACAAGAGCGCCUCUGUACCGGUUUUCUUUCCCAACAACUUACCUGCAUUUCAGUGGGUUGGUAUGGAUGAAUUCGACCCCAAAAGCCCUAUAUUUCCUACAGUCGACGCUUGUCUGUUGAAGUUUGAGGAUGUCAUGUUCGCUUACAAGAUGGAUUUCGACAAGGAAUAUGCUCGCUUAGUACCACCUAUGCUGUCUCCAGAACAACGUACUUGGUACGGCUCGUUCACUUCUGCUUGCACUGCUCCUGCAUCGUGGAAUGAUUUCAAGUCGGCUAUCAAGGCUCGUUAUGGCAUUAGCGUAUUGGAAGAACGUCAACGUUGUGCGUCUGAUUUGUUGAGCAUUCAACUUUUGCCCGGUGAAAACGUGAAGGCCUUUCUUGAUCGUUUUACUGACUUGCGUCGUCGAUCCCUGGAUCAAGCCCCAUCCGAUUACUUGUUGGCUAAGUUGUUCCUGGAUGCCAUUCCUUGGGUAGUCAAGGAUAAGAUCAACACCAUCCGUCAAUCCAAGGGCAUCAUUGAUAGUUACGAUGUUGACAUUAUCGUCAGUAUCGCUCGUGAAUCACUAUCAACUAUGACCGCAAAUGAGAUUGCUGCCAUCUCAGCACCCGCUUUUGCUCGCACUGCUGCUGGAUCUGCUGCAUCACAAUGGGCUCCAGUUGCGUCCCCCCGCCGCUCACAUACCAUGAAGGCAUCAUCCUCAUCUGCUGAUGGUCCUGCCGCUGUGUCUCGUGCUGGUGUCUCUUCUGGCCGCGUGGGCAAGCCUCACUUCAAGGCUACCAAGUCGUGCACUUUCCACCAUGGAAAGCCUCACAACCAUGACACCUCGGAAUGUAAGCUCUUCUUGGAAGAGUUGAAAAACAAAGGUGGUGCCAACUCAAUGCCAACCAGCAACCAAGCAUCGGGUCGUCGUUACAUGAUGUCGCUUGCGGAUGCCAAGGCAUCAGAUCGAUGCCGUACUUGUGGUGCCCACAAUUACUCUGCUGGUCCCCAUGAGUGCAACACGGCUGUGCGUACUGGUGAUGCUCCUACUAGUACUUUACAUCGUUUUGGUAUGCUGCGCCUUCAAGAGGGCGUGGUGUCGUCUGCUACCACCGCUGGUAGCACUGCUAUUGCAACUGCUCCUGCUGUUGAUCCUACUGUGGGCUCGUUGUCUGAGGCUGGUGGAGCCAAGUUCUGCAGAUACCAUCCAAAUAGCAAGACCCAUAGCACUGACGACUGUGUUGAGCUUUUGCAAGUGAUCAAAAAGAACCCUCCGCGUUCUCAAUCUCGUCUUGCUGUCGAGACCAAUGGUGGCCGCAGUGCCGCAUUGUUGUCAUCGUCUAUUUCGUCUCCUCAGGCCCAACCUACUACUGGUAAUUCUGUUGUUGUUCAGGAAGAUCAGCAAAGUAACAACAACUCGAGUGAAUCUGGUUCCUCGUUGUUGGUGCCCGCUGCUGUUGCUAAACAGAGUCGUCACGAUCAAAGUGAUUGCCACUCGUCUGUUGAGCCUAUGGACAUUGAUCUACAUACUGCAGUUCAUGCACACAAAUGUAAGGAUAAUCAACGUUCCAUCUUGCCUGUCAAUAAGUCUAAUUCACUUCUUAUUCCGCUUGUCGUAGAAUCGCACAAGGUAUAUGGUGUUUUAGAUACGGGAUGUACAUUUUCAAUUUGUUCCCCUCGUUUCGCCAACCAGCUUGGUGUUCAAAUCAACCGCUCUGUUCAUGGUCAGGUCCAGUUAGGCCAUACAGACAGUGUUAAACCUCGUAUUGGCACUUGCUCACUUAAAAUCUCGUAUAAUAAACGCAGUUUUAUUCACACAUUUGAGAUAUUUGAUUUCUUUACUGAUUCGGAUGAUUGCCCCAUGUUGCUUGGGUUGGAUAUCAUGCCUGAUCUACAGAUUGGAAUCACUGGCCUUGCUUCAACAUGGUUUGAAGAGCUUGGACCCAGACUUCCCGACCCCAUUGAUCCUGACAUCGAGCCUAAUAACGAUCCAUACGGAUCACCUGCUGAGCGUGCAAAGGCUUUCAAACCUAUUGAACAGUUAUUGGUAGAAAAUGCUGCCAUUGAUCUUGCCACUACUCAUUGUAACUUGCCUGGUGCGAUUGUCCAACUCGAGACAAUCCCUGGUAAGGUUGCCUAUCGUGCUCCCUAUCCUAUUCCAGUUGUCUAUAAGGAAGCUGUGUCUAAGCAGUUGAUGGAGUGGGAACGAGAUGGUGUCAUUGAGCGCAGUCCAAGUCAUAAUGGCUGGAAUUCUCCUUUGCUCGUCGUUGCCAAAAAGAAUUCUAAUGGUGAAUAUUCGUUUGACAAGCCACGUAUUGUUGCUGACGUUCGCCUACUCAACCAAAUCUUGGUCUCCACUGACAAGUACAUUAUGCCUCGCAUUGAUGAGAUCCAUGCUCGUCACAGCCGCGCUGUCAUGACAAGUUCCAUCGACAUCAAAAGUUUCUUCACGAGUUUCUUGGUCGAUCCACGUCAUCGCCACAAGUUAACCUUUACCGAUCCAUUCACGCAAACGCAAUGGGUCCACAGGAAGGUGUGCUUUGGAGUAAAUUUCAUGGGCAAUUUAGCUAUGCGCUUGAUAUCCAAUUUGUUUACCGACAUGCUUGAUCAGGUGUCACUUUAUAUCGACGAUUUAGGGUGCCUUACGUACACUGACUCUCUGGAUGAGCACGUUGCGUUAGUCGCUGAGGUGAUCCGUCGUCUGACCAAGGCUAAUCUCCAAAUUAACCAGGACAAGUUUGUGUUUGCUCAGCGCAGUACUCAUGUGCUGGGUUGGAGCAUCAUUCAGAACCGCCUUGUGCCUGACGCUCGCAAAUUGACCAAUUUUCAUCUGUGGCCUAUACCUACCACUGGUAAGCAGCUGAUGAAGUACUUGGGGUUUUGCAAUUACUUUCGAAAUGUCAUCCCUGGAUACAGCGAACUGGCAGCACCUCUCGAUGCAUUGCGCAAUUGUAAAUCCCUUUCUGGUUUGUGGACUGAUGCGCACACCAAGGCAUUCAAAUCGUUGCAGGAUGCUCUGUCAUCUCCAGUCGCUCUCAGCCCAGUUGAUUUUCGUUACAAGCUGCACGUCGCUACUGAUGCCUCAGCUACUGCUAUCGGUGGUAUCAUCUACUACAUCAAGGAUGGCGUGGUUCAUUACGUUGUCAUGGCGAGUCGUAAGCUUUCCCCUUCUGAAAUGGCCUAUUCUACCACCAAACGUGAGUUGCUUGCCAUUGUCUACAUGCUUACCAAAUACCACAAAUGGCUUUUCGGUAUUGAGUUUGUCUUGCACACAGAUCAUCGCUCUUUAAUCUGGCUUCAAACGCAAAGUACGCCCAACAUGAUGCUGUUGACGUGGUAUGAAAAACUGUUCUUUGAUUACAAGUAUGAGCUGGUUCAUAUCCCUGGUACGCGUAACCUGUUACCUGAUGCACUCAGUCGGUUAUUCACCUCUGACGAUGACGAGGGUGGCAAUAACCUGGGUGGGGGUAAUCGUUAUAACAAUCAAAGUAUUAUGCUACCUGAAAAAAAGCGUAAACCUACGCGAAAGAACAAACAUGGCUUCACCAACGCCAAAGAGUCCCAAGUCACUCAAUUUUCUCUUGCUAAGCCCAAUCACUCCAAUCGUACGCAGUUCAAACGCAAGAAGCAGUUCAACAAUCAAAAGCAGUUGCAGCAGCUUUCCUUUGGGAUGCCAACCGAAUUGGAUCCACACUAUUAUUCCAAGGAAUUGAAUGAUAGCAAUGUUGAUAUUUCUGAUGCGAGCACCUACAACAUGCCAUCUGUCAGCGCUCAAGAUUUAAAGAAUCAACAGACUGCUGAUGCCAAAAGUUCAUACAAUGGUUCAUCUGGUGGACAGUCAGAUUGUAAUGCUCUUAUUUCACGUGCUAUGAAAUAUGCUGAUUACAUGACUCCUCCGAAGAAGGAUCGUCUAGAGCUUGUUAUGCGAGUGCAUUUACUCGGUCAUGUGGGCAUCAAUUCAAUGGAAAAGAUUUUGCACAAUGAUUACAAGGUACAUUGGACCAACAUGCGCAAUGACAUCGCCACAGUAACCAAGGAUUGUCAUGCUUGUCAAUCGCAUGGUAUCUACCAAGUGGGAUAUCAUCCUCCUCGUAGCGUGUUGCCAGACAAUGUGUUCGAUCAUAUAGCUAUCGAUUUAGGUGAUUUCGCUACGACUUCCACCUCGGGCAAUAACUUCCUGCUAGUCAUUGUCGAUUAUUUCAGUCGAUUCACCAUUCUACGAGCUCUUCCUGAUAAGAGUCCAAUCACUGUUGCAAGAGCAUUGCUUAGUGUAUGUUGUCUAUUUGGAUUUCCCAAGCGACUCACUAGUGACAAUGGCUCUGAAUUUGUUGGAGCAUUUAUGAGAGAGUUCAGUCAGAUUAGUGGCAUGGAUCGCUUGACCUCGUUGCCGUACGCUGCACAAGCUAAUGGUGUUGUCGAAGCGUAUGUGGGCAUUUCAAAACGAUCUAUCAUUAAAUCAUUGACACACGAUGCUGCAGAACCUGAGGCAUGGGAUGAGUAUCUCGAUGUCAUUCAGUAUGCCAUGAACAUUCAAUACGCUAGAUUGCAUCAAUCGCAGCCGUUUGCUAUCAUGUUUGGGCGUGCCCCAAAUCUCUUCCAGGAUUACACUCAAUUGCCUAAUGCUGACCAGACACCCGAGGAUCCUACCAAGGAAGUCAUUGAUGCCCGCUUACAGAACAUUAAGGAUGUGGUAAUCCCUGCCAUCCGUAAGCGUAUCAAAGAAACACAAUUGCGCGACCAUGAGCGCUUCGAAAAGCAUCACAAGAUCAUUGAAGAGAAGUAUCCCAUCAAUUCAAAGGUCAUGCUCUUCGACCCUGUCAGAUCAACUAAACUUCACCCCAGAUGGCUCGGUCCAUAUUUCAUCAAGAACUAUACUCGCAAUGGUAGUUAUACUUUAGCCGACAUUACUGGUGAAUUGCUGCCCCGUGAUGUGCCUACCCAGCACAUUCGCGUUGUCGAUUUCUCGGACAAUCAUGUUACAAAAGGCUUACUUCCUCGCCACUAUGAAGUGCAAGCCAUCAUCAAUCAUCGCGUUGAAAGAAAGACUGGUCGAAUGAAGUUUCUUGUCAAUUGGGUAGGUUAUCCGUCCUCGAAGGACAAUACCUGGCAAUAUGAAAGCGAUUUUGAUUCCAAACGACCUAUUCGCGACUACUGGGAUCGCAUUGCACCGGAUCACAAGAAUCCCAAUCGACUCCUUCCCAACACUGUCAAUAAGCGCAAGAUUUAUAGUCGUCGUAAGCAUGCAGGACCGUACGUCACAUUGCAUUAUCCGUCGAGUCCAAACUCUCGUAACCACAACAUUCAGCAAUAG